AAGCCAGAUUAGACUGUAAGCAAACUAGGACGUACAAAUUACGUUUUGAAACUUGCUCUUGCAACCAUACCAGCCUGCGUUUUGCACUGUCCAUUGGACCUCUGCUCGCAUAGGUGAACUAUUUUUCAACAAGGUCCUUUGAUAAGUAUCGUAUUGCAAACUUGGAUUCAAGUCUUGCGCUCAAAUCUUUCGUACAAACGCCACGGAGACGCCUAACAUAAUCCUGCUCAAAAAGACUGGGUCGAGUGAUGUGAAGGUUUCGUGACCCCAACGUCCUUCCAGUUCAAACAGUGAGACUCUUGUUUUGAAGGAUUUCCAAAAUUGCUAGAAUGCAGUCCUGCUCAAAAGCCACGGGGAUACCACACUGCCGCGAGUACUGUGAUGGGAAUGUUGCAGAGUUUUAUUGUCCAGAAUGUGCUGCCUUGUUUUGCAGUUGUUGCUAUGAAAGAGAACAUUGUGGAAGCGAACGGAAAGCUCAGCAUGGGAAAUUAACUGAACUUAGAGCAAUUUGCAGUGAGCACAAACACACUCUUGAUUAUUUUAACCUGACCCUGCUUCAACCAAUGUGCAUCAUUUGCAAAAAGGAGAGCGUCCUUUCACCUGAACGUGCAAACCAUGUUAUUGAACACAUAGAAACAAUUGUACCAAAACUGAGAUCUCUCAUGGAAAAGAAAUUACAAGAUGCUACUGAAUCAAUUGGAAAAAUAGCAUGUCAACUCACCAAUGUUGAAACUUCAGCUCGCAGUGGGAUGAAUGCUUCAAUCAGCCAUGUUCAGUGCUGUUUUGCCAAGUUGCGGCAGAUACUGGAUGAGAGGGAAGCCCAACUCAUGCAAGAUACGAAAAAGUAUUUUGAUGAGUUCCUGGAAAGUGGUGAAGGAAUAGUACAAGCAAGAAACACAUUAAGAAAUCUCAGGGCUCUCUCUGAGGAAGGAAAAUUGCUUUUGAAUAAAGAUCCUAGAAGCCUUGUGGUAGAAUUUCCAGCAGUCUUCAUGCGUCUCAAAGAACUGUGUGCUUUAACAGCCAAUGAAUGCCAGAUGAAAAGCCUUAAAAUUGCAAUUUAUUUCGGACAAGACAUAGUAAAACAGCUUAGACAAGCUGGGGUUAUGAGUGCACAGUAUUCUUCUCUGCCUAAAGACAUAAAAUUAGGGAAUGGACAGCAGGAGAACUCAAAUGAUGCAAAUUCUCAGUGCAGUUGCAGCUCUAUACAGGAUUAUCAUACAGUAGAUGUUGAUACAAAGAGAUGCAUGCCAGACUCACCUCAGAAACCUUGCAAAGAACCUACUUCUAAACAAGCCGAGGAAAUUGAUGGGACAAUUGACUUCAUAGGAGUGUGUGACAAGUCACCAAUCUCAAGGAUGUCAUUAAAAGGUGUUUCAGGUGUAAAGAGGCACUCUUCUGAUGUGUCUGGAAGUCCUCUCCAGGAAACUACACCUAAGAAAACCAGGAAGAUUGAUGCAACAAGUAAUUUCCCUGAAGAACAUGAAAAGUCACCCUUAUCAAGAACCCCAGUGAAAGCUGUGACAGGAACAGCAGGCAGAACCAUGCAAUCACCGUCACCUUUAAAGCUAUCCAAGCUGAACGAAUUGAGGGUCUUAUUGAAAAGAUCACCACAGCACAGCUCUGUUGCCUCUCCAAAUAGCAAAACUUAUGUGGCAUCACCAAGAAGAAAAAGAGGAGGAGCAUUGAGCAAAGAGUUUAUGAAGUGUGACAUAAUUCUAAAAGAAAUAUGGGCCCAUGAUGAAAGUAUUCCAUUUGUUCGACCUGUGGAUAAAAAACAGUCACCUGAUUACUAUAAAGUCAUCAAGAAGCCUAUGGACCUGUCUGUUGUAAAAGAAAAAUUGCAUUCUCUUCAAUACACAUCUGUCGUGGACUUCCUGAAGGACAUACGUUUGAUGUUGAACAACUGUAAAACGUUCAAUAAGCCGGGCACGUACGUGUAUGACUCAGGUGAAGAAUUGAGCAAAAUCUUCAACCAUCUGGUACAAGAAAACUUUCCAAACUUUGAAGAAGCGCUUCUGCAAAAUUCGGAGGAUGGGACUGAGUGAUUGAUAAUAGAAAUACUUCAAGACGAAUAAGUAUAAUUGCACUUUGAUUUUAGCAGUGCAAUUGUGAACUCUAAGAGACUUCGAAAGCUUCAUCUCUCUUUUAUUUGGAUUUUAAAUCUGAUAGUUCCUCUGACGUGAAAUUAAUCCUAAGCAAAAAUGCAGCUGAAAUAUUACCUGCAUUGUUUCCCUCUGGAAUCAGAUAAUUUUAUGGACUGUUCGUCAACACUUAAAAUUAACA